AUGGCCGCACCCACAACGCUUCUUACGGGCAAGACGGCGAUUGUCACUGGAGGAACACGAGGCAUUGGCGGAGGCAUCUCUCGGGAAUUCAUCGCCCGGGGAGCUAAUGUGGCUAUGAUAUACGUGAACCCAGCCAAGAAGGCUGCAGCCGAGACGUUCGCAACCGAGUUGUCUAGUCUAGGCGGCGAUAACUCUGCUAUUGCUAUUUGUGCCGACCUUGCUGAAGCAGACGGUCCGGCCACGAUUGUGAAGAAGACUUUGGAAAAGUUCGGCGGCAACAGGAUUGAUAUCAUUGUGAAUAAUGCGGCCCUAUAUAACGAUACACCGACUCCUGAUUUGACAACUGAUAUCUACGAAAACAUCAUGAAUGCAGAUCUCCGAGGCCCUAUAUUCUUGGUCCAGGCUGCAUUGCCCUACAUGCCUCGUGGUGGGCGAAUCAUCAAUAUGUCGAGCUUUGCAACUCGUCAUAUUCCCAUUGGCCCCGGAACUCCACCGAUGCCCUUGUAUCUGGCUGCGAAGUCCGCGUUGGAGAGCUUGGCUCGAACAUGGGCUGUUGAGUUUGGACAUUCUCGAGGAAUAACCGCCAACGCUGUUUCUGUGGGACUUGUCGAGACCGAUAUGAUGGCCUAUCUGCCCGAAGAAGUCAAAGAGAUCAUUCGGGCGAACAACGCCAAAGUCACGGGAGCGGCACCCCGUACUGGAACGCCUGACGAUAUUGCCCAGAUUGUAGCAUUCCUUGCCAGUGAGGGAAGCCGGUGGGCGUGGAUCGACGCUCUUGAUGACGAGCCUCGAGCGAUCUAUAACGCUCCUCCGGGAACGGGCCCAAACCCGUGGAAAGUUAUUAUUAUCUUCCAUGAGCUUCAACUCCCAUAUGAAACUCUUUGGAUUCCAUACUCAAAGAUUAAGGAAGAGCCCUACACCAAUCUCAAUCCCAAUGGCCGUCUACCCUCAAUGAUCGACCCUAAUACGGAUGUGACACUCUUUGAGUCGGGUGCAAUCGUGCAAUACCUAAUCACCCAGUACGACAAAGACAAUACUAUUAGCUAUGGCAACGACAAUUUGCAGGAUAAAUGGCUAGUGAACAGUUGGCUUAUGUUUCAGAUGAGCGGCCAGGGUCCAAUGUUUGGGCAGAAGAUGUGGUUUACGCACUUUCAUAAGAUUCGAAAUGUCACCACCGCAAUAGAGCGCUAUGGUGAUGAGACGAAGCGUGUCGUCGGCGUCAUAAAUGGCCAUCUAAAGAAACAGAGACAAAAGCUGGGCAUCAGUGCCGGCGAACCCGUUUGGCUUGUGGGCAACAAGUGCACGUACGCUGACUUGGCCUUUGUGCCUUGGAAUCUUUUGCUUUUGGCGAGGUUGUUUCCGGAUGGAGACCUCAAGCCUCAAGAGGAGUUUCCAGAAUUUUACAGCUGGCAUCAAAACACGAUCAUUCGCCCAGCAGUACACGAGGUUGUGGAGAUGCGAGAAAACGCCAUGCGCACGAUGGAGGAUAGUGCAGCAGCCGCACUCCCGAAGCGGGAGGACUAG